ACUCUGAUGAGGCCAAUAAUGAGCAGCAGCUGCGGCUGGACUUUAAAAGCAGCAUCGAACCAUCACACAGACAGUGACGGAGCUGCUGGAGUCAGGUUGUUUUUGAAGGACAGCUUUUUCACCUUGUCAAACAAACAAACAUGUUGAUGCUGUGGCUUCUGUGUCUGCUGGUUGGAACCAUCAGUUCCGGAUAUGUCAAACAACAAGCAGCUCCACAGAUGAACCCACCUCAACCCUGGGGACAAGGACCAAGCUCUUACCCCAGUCCAGGUGUUGAGGUCUAUGCUGCCCCUGAAGAGGGUGGAUACCCAGAUGAGGACACAUCUUCCCCUUACGUUGGUCCAGUUUUUUCAGAACCUGAAGUCCAGGAAACCACUGAAGGUUCUGAGGAGGAAGAACCGGUCUUCAGUGACGUGUCUAAUCUGGAGCCCGUCUUCUCCAUCAGCUCUCGUUCAAGUUACCAGAGAGGAAGAGCCAUGUUCAGCCAGAGCCGCUACAUCCCAGGAGCCCCAGCCCCUCCUCCACCCAUGCCUGUGUUCAGAGUGAGCAGCUCCGUCCCACUGAGGCGCCGUCCUGCUGAUGUUCCUGUAAAAGAAGGCUUUGAGUAGAACUGACCCACUACAUUAGACCCUGACCACUGGACCUGACCUCUGCUCCUGUCUUUACAGGAUCAUGUGACUGAACUGAAUAAAAAUGUUACAAAGAUU